AUGGAUGGAUGGGAUAAUUUUUCCUCUUGCAACCCUUUUGAAACCGAAAGAUGUACACCCGUCCCAGCACAGAGCCCUAGUGGACCAAAUGAUUUCUCUUGUCAGCAGUUACAUACUAAGAAGAUUAUUCAUGGAGAUAUCAAACCACCAAACUUUCUACAUUGCUCCGGUGACCAACUUCGUCUAUGCGACUUUAGUGAGGGAUUGAGAUUUGAUGAAGAUCUCAGCAACUGGAAUGGAAUGACAACAGCAAACUACAUAUCACCACAUCGCACCCGACUUUGGCCUGGUAGUGCAUCAGAGCCGCCGCAAACAAUUGAAGAUGAUCUUUAUGGGCUUGGUGUUAGCAUCUGGGAGCUGUAUACUGGGAAGGUUCCUUUUGAUGGCUGGUACGAGGAUGGUAUUUUGUGGGCUCUUCAGCGGGGCGAAACUGUCAAUGUAAAUGAGAUCAAGGACGAGGAAGUAAAAGCCGUGAUCUGUGAAUAUUUGAGAAUUGGGGGUGCAAAGGUUUGA